GAAAUGUGUAUUUUUUGGAAUUUACAGUUUGCCGUUAGCUGUUAUCGGUGUAUGAAAUGGCUGGUGAUAGAAAGUUAUUAUUUCAAGGAUGUCUAUCUGUGUUUGGAGGAGUUUUGUUACAUCUGACUUUCGGGUAUUUUUAUACUGUUUCGAACAUGAUUCCCUAUAUUAUGGACUACCUAAGAACAUAUGUUAACCCAAACCUAUCGGAUAAAGAUGCAAUUUGGUUAUCAGCGUUGGGAUUUUGUACUCAAGGCUUUUCCAUGCCUGCCGGUGGAUUAGUUGCGAAAAAAGUGGGUUUUAGAAUUGUGGUUGCGACAAGCUGCAUAUUUUUGAGUGGAAGCGUAUUUGCUACAUAUUUUACAAUCCAGAAAACAUUUGUUGGAGUGGUAAUAACAUAUUCACUAACAAUGGGUAUUGGAAUGGGAUUCGCUUAUUCUGUAGUAUUCGCUGUCGCAACAACAUGGUUUCCUGAAAAACGUGGAUUGAUUGUGGGAAUAAUUGUAAGUGGAUUUGGCCUGGGAGCACUGGUAUUUUCGCCUAUUCAGACUGCUCUGAUCAAUCCAACAAACGUAAAAGUAGACAAUAUUACUCGCCACUUUACUGAUGUCGAACUUCUUGACCGGGUACCUAGAACCCUUCUAAUUUUGGGAGGAAUAUUAUCGGGGAUUCAAAUAAUCGGCUUCAUUCUUCUACGCCCAAGACCUUCUUCAAAACAGGCAAAUAUGGCUCAAAAGAUACAAGCUUCAAAUGACGUGAACCUAUCAUCAAAACAAAUGCUCCGCUGUAUUGAUUUUUAUUUAUUGUGGCUCGUAAUGUUCUGCAACAUUAUUCCUAUUACAACAAUCACUUCAACUUAUAAGCAAUUCGGUCAAAAGUACAUUUCAGACGACAGAUUUUUGUCAGCCAUAGUUACUGUUUCAUCUUUGUUUAAUUGUGCUGGUCGUGUAAUGUGGGGUUCGAUCGCUGACCGAUUUUCGUUUAAAGUGCCAUUAUGUGUAAAACUUACUAUUUGGUCUGUCGUUCUGAUGACAUUCCCACAUUUGUCAUUAUUUUCGGAAACAGUAAUUAAAAUAUUAUUUCCUAUUUGGGUAUUCGUCUUAUUUACCUUAUUCUGCGGAACACUUGUACUCAUUCCAAAUGCAACUGGCACAGUUUUUGGGCCAGCCAAUUUAGCUGUGAAUUAUGGUUUAAUAUUUCUAGCAUUUUCGUUCGGAAGUUUUGCAUGCGCAAUUUUCACAACAUUCUUAACCCCAGAUGGCGCUUAUGUAUUCCAGUACACUUCCUGUGGAGCCGUUUGUUUAGUGGCACUGUUUAUCGUAUUAUGGAUCGAGGAUAGAAAAACACCAGAGAAAUGUCAACUAUGUGAAUGUUUCGUUAGACGUUGUCUAAAAUUACGAGUAAAACAACCAUUAUGUAGUCCACAUGAACUACAAGCGCUUAGAUCCUAAUAUGAAUGAUCGGUUUUGCGAUAUUUAAUAUCUGUGGCUCGAACGAUAUAUACAUAUAUAUAAUCUUUUAAAGUUCCAUAAACCAUAACUUUAUAAACCUUAGAGAAGUUAACGCACAAAAAUACUGCUUUUAAUAUUAUUAUUAUUAUUAUUAUUAUUAUAUUA